AUGCUUUGGAUAGGUGCUCCUUGCGCGCACUGUCGGCGCGAGGACUUUUUACCAUUGGAAUGCGGUGGCUGCCAUAAGUCUUUCUGCACCGCCCACUUUGCCCAAGAUACCCACCAUUGCCCGCAUCGGCAACAAAGUGAUGUCCGUGUACCUAUAUGUCCAUUGUGCCAUGAGCCACCUCACGGAUGGAAACGUAAUGCAUCUGCUGCAGAAGUACAGCGCAUUAUGGAAGCACACUGGUCUGCUUCUGCCGGAGACCAGAGAAGCUGUGCAGCGCUCGUACCUCGCACCUCAUCACAAAGUCUGUGUUCAUAUGCCUCAUGCCAGCGCGCGUUGAAACUGGCUAUACGAUGUCCCCACUGUAACGCCGAGUUUUGCUUGGCUCAUCGAGCUCCUACUCAGCACGCAUGCCAAGCGAAGCACGGCGUGCCUGCAUCCGUGCACGCUUGGAAACAGGUGAAACCUCCCAGCUUGCCUCCCAUUAAACCCACCGUCGCAUCAGAGCCUACCAAAUCACGGACGCCGGCGCCUACCAAGCGCCCACUUGAUAGAGCAGCACGACGCCAUGCCGCACAAGAACGGCAAUCCAUGAUUCGCGCGAUGCAAGAGAGAAACAAGCGCGGUCUUCUUACCGAAGCAGAAAAAGUGGUCUUGGCCCAGAAGAUGGCCGAGGUAGCGGCCGACGCAUCCCAUUCACGACCACCAGGCCCAUGCACAGUUAUGUAG